UCACUCACACUGUGCCUCUCUCCCACUGCGAGGCGGUCUCUCUUUCUCUCUCUCCCUCUCUCUCUCUCUCUCUCCCCCCUCUCUCUGACUUUCUUUCUCUGUCUCUCUCCCAGUCUGGACUCUGAGGGAUCGGGAUUUUCUCACCAAAAAGUACACAGAGCCACGAGCAUCCGCUCUCCAGAAGGACGUGGCUUGGAUUAUUACCAAAAACUCGCCGUUACUGAAGUUUCAUUUGUAUGUCAGAUGUGAUGAGUCUCACACGGAGAAAUGGAGCGCGCAUUUUGUAGUUUAUUUUAACCAUCAAAGUACACAUCCUAAACAAGUCAAGGGUCUCUGUAUUUUUUUAAAGCUUUAAAUCGGUCUGUCAGGAUGAACUUGCAGUGGAGCAGCCCGGCACCCUGCAUCCGCACCGGGAGAGUCGCGCACAAGCGGCUGGACUCAGACGACCAGCCGCCGGCGAAGUGCGCCAGGCUGAGCGCCGAGGCGGGGGACACACAGGGACUCCUCGGCGCCUCUCCCGGGUCCCCGGUCAGCCCCGUUUCAAACCCCGUCCCGGCGACCCACCAGGGGCCAUCCAGGAUAGGACCGUUUCUGCUUCUACCUCUGGCAGACCGGGAGAGCGUGCACAGCGCGAUGAACACCGACACCGGCGAUGAGCUACUGUGCAAGGUCUUUGAUAUGGGGGUGUACCAGGAAAAGAUCAGACCCUACGGGAUCCUGCCAGCCCACAGGAACGUGGCCGGCAUCAGGGACAUCAUCCUCGGCGAACGCAAGGCCUACGUGUUCCUGGACAAGGACUUUGGGGACAUGCACACCUUGGUGAAGAGCUGUCGCAGGCUGGACGAGGAGCACGCCUGCAGGCUCUUCCGUCAGGUGGCCCUGGCCGUGGCGCACUGCCACCAGGCCGGCAUCGUGCUAGGCGACCUCAAGCUGCGCAAGUUCGUCUUCGCCGACGAGAAAAGGACACAGGUGAGACUAGAAAGCCUCGAGGACUGCCGUGUCCUAGAGGACCCCAACGACGACUCCAUGUCAGACACCCACGGCUGCCCCGCCUACGUCAGCCCAGAGAUCCUCAGCAGCUCGGCGCCUUACUCCGGCAAGAUGGCCGACAUGUGGAGCCUCGGGGUCAUGCUGUACACCAUGCUGGUCGGCCGCUACCCCUUCCACGACCCCGACCCGGCCACGCUGUUUUCCAAAAUCCGCAGAGGCCAGUGCUGCUUGCCAGAGGGCCUGACGCCCAAGGCCAAGUGUCUGCUCCAGAGCCUGCUGAGGAAAGAACCCUGGGAGAGACUCACGGCGACGGAGCUGUUCGCUCACCCGUGGUUCCACCAGCCGCCGUCGUCGCAGGAAGUGGCGCCGGGUGAACAGGAAGUGAGCUCGGCAGAACAGAUGGUGCCAUCCUUUGACGUGGAAGAGGAUGAUGAUCUGUUCUGCUGACGGACUCAAUUCAGCUGAAUCUGGCUGAGGGACCAAAACAAAACUUGCUAUGAGGGACACAUUGUUGUCGUGUUUUGUUUUUUUUUUGUUCUUGUUUUUUUUACAUUGGCACUUUUUAGAAACCCAUUUGUGUACUGUCAAGUGUACAUACACCCUCAAGCUUUCUACAAAAACUUACUGUACUGUAUUUUGUUGUCGUAUGUGUUACUUGCUAAGGGCAUUUUUCACAAUGAUCAUUCAUUGUGUUUCUUUAUGUGCAUUUUUUUUAAAUAAUUCGGUGCUAAAAGAAUAACAAGGACUCAGAUUUUUUGCCAGAUCAUGUUCACAAAAUAAUCUCUGCAGGCUACUACGAGUAUAUCACAGAAAAUUAAUGCAUGGCAAACAGCAGACGCCAAUGCGUGCUCUCAGCCAGGGCUCACGAGGCUUCAGAAGGCAUUAGAUGGAGCCUGAGCGGGAGGUGAGGAGAGCGGGAUGUUGUUCCUCUCACUCUCUGACCAGGCUGGAGGCUUCGCCGGCUGACUCACCGGCCGGCUCGAGGAAGGCCUAGUACAAGCUUGACGUCUCGCAGCAGGCGGUGUCACAGAGUGAGAAAGAUGGCUAGCAGAAGACUGAUGUGUCACCCUCAGCGGGGACGCUACGAAGGUGUUUUGCUGCCAAUCUGGCAGUGUCUCAGCAAGCGGAGAGCAUUUACAAAUCUCACACCAUGCGCAGAAGGUUGAGAAAAGCAGGGUGUUACUGAUGUAAGACUCACAGACAGAAGAGUUUGUCACACACACACACACUCAACAAUAAGGCACUGGGCUAACACGAGUCUUUGUAUAUGGCUAACAGAGAAAGAUACAUCUUAGUAAUUUUCUCAUUUUUGACUGUCGAAGCUAAAACAUUUACCCUUUGUAAACACAUGAGCAAAGCUGAAUAUAUCAGAUAAAUAUGAGAUAUCAGUUGCAUCCGGACAGGAAGUGUCUGUUCACAGGGUCUGACCUCGCAGAUUUGUCUGCGAUCAAUCCGUUCGGCUCCACUGAAACGCUGCAUGUGCAAUUAGCCGCAGCUAAACCCAACACUAAUGCCUCUGUUUAAAACGCUGGAAGGAACUGGUUUUAAAUAUGUGGUCACAUGCCUUCGCAGCAGCAGAGAUGUUUGGAUAAUUCUCACGCCCGGAGGCAUGCUACAGCAGGAUUUCAGCAGAAAAAGUCAAAAUACAGAGUUCAGCUGUACAUCUGACUGACGCAGCAUGAAUCCUCCCUCAAUCCAACUGCGUUUGUUCUUGAGAAAUGUGUCAAAUAUCCAGUUAAAGAGACGUCAAAUCAGGAAGAAACACAUUUCAGAAAAAUGAAGAUUUUCUCAGUUGAGCAGUUGAACCUGUUUUGUUCAUUUCUGUCGGAACAUUAUGUCAAACCGUGUUGCUUUAACAAAGCUGAGCUGUGCUGAGUGUUGUGCCCGUAUCACUGUGUUUCAUAAACUGAAUGGCUCUGAAUCAGUCGCAGUCGGGCGAUAUUUGAUGUUGGUUGUCUGAUGAUGACUCAACACUUGAGCGCGUCUGUGGAGAAUGGUCCUGACCUUGGCUGGAAGAAUCUGUUCUGACUGUUUCACCUCUUUAAUGGUACUUUUUUUUCCCUUCCUUUCAAUUUUUUGCCGUUGAAAGCUGUGGAUCCGUGGAGACUAGGCGUCAUAUUCAGCGACAUGAUGUGCCAUGUUCUGAAAGAUGUUUUGUCUUGGACUGGGACAGGAGGAUGCAGCGCUUCAGUGACGUUUGGCCUUACAGGCUACUGUGGUUCUGCAGCCAGCUAUUUCACUCUGGCAAUUGUUUUGACAACGGUACUAAAUCUGACCAUAUCUGAGAAGCGCUGUGCAUUAAAGUUUUGGGUCACCCAGUAGGAAUAAUAAAACAUCUGUUGCAGUUCUUUAAUUUUUUUUAUCUCAUCUGCUUGAGAUACCAGAUGGGAGCAGACUUGUGACAAUCUGAAUUGUGUCUUGCAAAAACAAUUAAUUUAAGAGAUCUAUGGUUUUGUUUCUGGUUCAUACAUGUAGAGUGAGUCACACAUUCACGUGACAUGUAGAAUAAACUGACACGGGUGCACGAACUUCAUAUUGCACUGUGAAUUAUGUAUUUGUGACACAACCUCAAGGCUAUUCGUCCAGACAGGUUACACAAAAGAGAUAUAUUCAUUGUACAAAAGAUGUAAAUAUGUAUAUUUGAAAUAUGUGUGGAGAUGUUGAAUAAAGAUCACAUUUUUUCAUA